UCUGGAUACCUUAUUUCUUGAGAGAUCACACAAGAAAGAAGAUGAGUUUCUUAGCAAUCUGCAGUAUUCUGUUGGUUUGUCCCAUUUUUGUUACAWCUGCACCAAAGRCUGCUCCAGUAGCCAUUGCUUUGUACUACGAAAGUCUUUGUGGGGGAUGUAGACAGUUCAUUCAAGAUCAACUCUACCCGACAUAUCUCAAGGUCGGAGGUAUCAUGGACGUAACGCUCGUUCCUUACGGAAACGCUUACGAAUACCGCAACGGAGAACAAUGGACCUACGUAUGCCAACAUGGUCCUACAGAAUGUGUGGGGAACCUUAUCGAGACUUGUGCUAUUUCACUCCUGAGAAACACCUCAUCUUAUCUGCCCUUCAUUCACUGCCUUGAGAUGAACAUUGGGAGCUAUCCUCGCUCGACAGCACAGCAGUGCGCCAACCAACUAGGCAUUGAYUUYGACUCAAUUGACAAAUGCCAGAGUGGGCCACAAGGGAACAUGYUGGAACAUGAAAUGGCCCUUAAGACUAAYGCUCUCCAGCCCCAACAUCAAUUUGUGCCCUGGAUUACAAUGAAUGGACAACACACGGAACAAAUACAAAACGACGCAACUUUUGAUUUAUUAGGGCUAGUUUGUARWAAUUACAUGGGUCCCAAACCRACUGCCUGUAGYGAAAAGCCAUUUGCAAACCGAUGUUAUAAAUCUAUAAAUAUUAAUAAUUAAACCAUACUCYAUGAACUA